ACUUUUUCUACUUACAUCUUAAUAUAAGCUACUUAGUUGUUAUAGUCUUGUCUGUUAACUAUGUAAUUAAAUUCUACAUUUGUAUAAGUAUGAAUUGCAAAGUGUAGCUUAAGUGUCCAAAUACUACUUAGGGCUAGUAUGUGCACCCAGAUGAAUGGUUUCUAUAUCCCAGAUUACCUCUCUGUUAGUUGUGGAGCUAUUGUCAGGAUAGGGCAGUUUGGGAAAGUUUUAUGCUUGUCUUGGUCCAAGCCGUUUCUCUUGCAAAUGAGUAGCUCAUUGGUGCCUGUGCAGAUGUUCUGUAAUGAGGGUCAUUAGGAGUGAGAAUAAGAAUGGCCUGGACUGGCAGGGCUCUGGGCGCCUCAUUAUGCAGACACAUUUAAAAGGUCGAUGGGGGUGUAAAUGGCUGCUUAAGGGUCCCAAACAAAACCAGGGGGAGGAGAGUCCAAAAGAAGCCAGAAUUCAAAUUCCACAGAAGAAACUGCGCUUAUUGUCAGAGCAGGAUUUACCCUCUCAUUCGCAUAGUGGAGAUCCCGGGACAAGCAUCUCCGGAGCGCAAUAUAUGUGGAUAUUUGAAAUGGCCACGGUUACGCGCGCACGAGUUUCACUACUGGUCCUCGCUUUCAUGACCAUUGCUAUAGGAGUACAGUGCCGAUCGCUUCGUACACAGCUUCGCAAGGUGACGUCGUUUCAAGGAGAGCGUAAAAUCCGAAUCGGACACGUCCAGAGACGGAGCCGUCGCGAACCGGGAUCCGAGCACGACCAGUGCGCUCUCCUGAACUCCCCGUGGACGGAGAGCGCCACUCCGCUUGGUGAUUGGGGCCAGAUGUACCGUCUGAGGAUACUAUCGACGAUGAGUGCUGGACCUCGUCGAGCUGUUUUCCCAGAACCCCCCCUCUUCAGGUUCGUCAGACGGGUUUAUCGCUGUUGUCAAGUGGGCUACCACUGUGGAAGUGUCAAGGGAAUACAAGGCGGGAAAGUUGGGGACUACAACAUUGAGUUUCUGCUCGGAGAGGAUGUGCUGUCAGCACCGCUGGAGAAAGCAGAAGUUCAUUUUCACUUUUCAAACCCCCAACACCUCAACAUCCAACCAGUGCUGCCCUCGCUGGAGAAACGAGGGUUCCCUACUAGGUACAGAGUCUGGUUGAGAGAUGGUGUGGUAGAGCUGAGAGUGGAUCUGCUUGCCCUCAUCCAGGCCCUGCAGCUGGUAAUUGGAGGAGCCAGUAGAGGUCCAAGUGUGAUGGAAAUGCAUCGGGUGAGGGACAUGACCAGACCAGGGGUCGUUGUCCAAAAGCAAAGACCCCCAUCCCUUCAAGACACAGUGCCUGUAGUGUUGGGGGAGGUGAAUGAGCCCAGGGAUGGUGAGACCCCCCUGCAGCCCACUUUAGAGCUGGGACUGGCAUUACACUGCAGCUUACUGAAUAAUAUCGCACAGCCCUGUCAAGAAUAUGGUGUACAUCUAGAACAUGCACCCUUUAUCGCUCUGACUUACAGAUAGCAAGACGUAUUCAGCCAUACUAAACAGUGUUUUAGCAAAUAGAUUUGGAAACUGCUUCUGUGUCCAGCCAAACACUGUCAAUUCCUAGCGCUCCCCCUUCACAAGUUCUUUGUGGCCAUACAAUCUCAGUCUAUUCAGUCCACUAACACCUGGUGUGAAUAUUCCCUGGAUGGCUCGCUGUUUUUUAAGAAUUGCUAAUGAUUCCCAUUGUUCUGUGACAAUGGUGCUUCAGCCGAAGCUCACUGUAAUUCAGAGUGGCUGAUGUUUUGUGGAACACUAUGCACUUCAGCGUGUAAAUUGAAUUUAUUAACUUAUGGGUGUUAUUUGUGAGAAAAAGGUAUGAAUGAAAAAUGUAAAUAGUGUAAAAAUUCAGUCCUAUAUAUUAAAUUUGCAUUGUAUAUACAUUGUAUAUACAUGUCCAAUAA